ACGAAGAUGAGCCCCCCCAUCCCUUUCACUUGUGACCUACUUUUGUUUGACUUGUUAUGAAUUUUAUUACAAUUUACCUUUUUGUAUCGAUUUCCAAUGCUGGUCGACUGACCAGCAUUGGACAAAACUGACACUUUUCAAACCCCCAAGUUAACAGAUUUAGUUUGCAAUUAAUUACACUCCUAUGAAUGGGUACAAGCAAGCUAGACUGGUUCCCUGAUCCAAUUCCCUGACGUCUAUAAACUGCUCCAUUUCAUCAUUUUGGGUCUGGAAACCAGUCUACAAGAACAGGAUUGUUUUUUGUGGUUUUUCUAGUAUCUACAAACACAAAACUUUAAACAAGUCAACAUAACAAUAUUUGCUACAAAAUACUAACCACAAAAUACAUCCAUUUCUGAAUAUUAUAGUAGAAACAAAUGUUGUGAAUUCCCUUUAACAAGGUAACCAUAUAUUGUACAUUUGUUGCAACUGAUUGCUAUUUUCUUUUGAACAAAACUAAACAACAGCAGUUUUAAAACAAGCAUAUACAUGUAGCAUGUGAAUAGACCUUCAAUUUGUGAAUAAUGUACUUGACAAAAAGUUUUCAACUUUACAUCUGACCUAUUACAACCAUAUAAUCAUUUGAAGUUUGAAUACAUGUAAUUCCAAACCUUUUAUUUGUAGGUUAAACGUCCAUCCUAUCACACAAAGCCCAACAGUGAGGAUGGCAUCUAAUGUUACAGUGCAAUCACUGUUGGAGAAGAUUAGUGUGGAUCAUCUGGAAUGCUCCAUCUGCACCAACCGUUUCAGGCAGCCCAAACUGCUGGACUGUUUGCAUAGUUUUUGCCUCCAAUGCCUCCAAGAGCUCAGACAGAGCCAAUAUCCUAGUGGUACAAAGCUGACAUGUCCUCUGUGCAGACGUGAAACCAUGUUGAAAGGGUCUGGGGUUGCUGAUCUCCCUAAUAUCUUUGCAUUCAGUGCCCUGGUGGAAGAAGUUACAAUGCAGGAAAAGCUACUGGAAGGUCAAGGGUCAGAGAUCAAAUGUCAAAACUGUGAUGAGGAGAAUCAGGCUGUGUCAAGAUGCAUGGACUGUGAUCAUUUCCUGUGUCAAGAAUGUCAAAAGGCACAUGGACGUAUGACUUUGAUGAAAUCUCAUAAAAUCUACACAUUGGCUCAACUUCGAUCAGGAGAGAUUGUCUACACGAGUAAACUAAGAGAUGAAGUUCCCAAAUGUGGCAAGCAUCCAGAUCAGAAUCUCAAUGUCUACUGCAACUCAUGUGAGCAAGUCAUAUGCACAACAUGCUCGGUACUUGAUCAUGCAAAACACUCACUCACUGGAUUACCUGAGGCAGUAGAGAAAUGUAAGAAGAAGGUCACAGAAAUGGUCCAAAAAAGUGAGAGAAGAAAAACACAAUUGAGCACCACCAUGGAGGAGACGUGCAAAUUUCGCAAGGAGCUGGACACCAUGUUUGCCAACUCCAAAAAGAAACUCUCCAAAAAGGCUCAACAGGAGAUUACAAAGGUCAAACAGGAGGUUGCAAAGAUCCAAAAGGAAGAACACAAAUUGAUGAAAGAGAUGGACAGGAUUUAUAAAGAAAGAGUAACAACGUUUGAAGCUGCUCAAGCUAAGAACAAGAAAGAGGUGACACAGACACAGCACAAGCUGGAGGAGGUAAAACAACUCAUGAAAGAAGCAAGUUGCUAUGAGAUUCUUGAACUUCAGCAGAAGCUCUUGCAUAACCUCAGUGAAUUGACAGGGAAACAGCCACAGCAAGUUCCUGACAAGUUGAGCUUCAUGGAC